UGACCGCUUCGCCCCAGGAUGCUCCGCUGGUUCGGCCGCCCCCGGCUCUGCCUCCUCCGGGCCCCGCAGCCGCCGGCAGGGCCCCGGGUGCCGAACCGCGCCGCGGCCGGUUCCGCCAGCCACAGCGCGACCGGGCGCACGUCGGUGACGCCACUGCCCCUCUCCUACGUAGUGUUCGACGGGCCUGUGCCGCAGCCCCCACUCGUCUUCCUGCACGGCCUGCUGGGCAGCAAGGGCAACUUCCGCGCCAUUGCCCGGGCCCUGGUGCAGCGGAGCGGCCGCAAGGUGCUGACAAUGGACGCGCGGAACCACGGCGAGAGCCCGCACAGCCCCACCAUGAGCUACGAGGCCAUGAGCCUGGAUGUGCAGCGCCUCCUGCGCCGGCUGCACAUCCCCAAGUGCGUCUUGGUUGGCCACAGCAUGGGCGGCAAAACCGCCAUGACACUGGCGCUGCAGCGGCCAGAUCUCGUGGAGCGCCUGGUGUCUGUAGACAUUAGUCCCACAGAGAGCGUGGCUGUGAAAGAUUUCCCGGCCUACAUCUCUGCCAUGAGGAGAGUGAGCAUCCCAAAUGGAAUCCCCCGCUCCACAGCACGCCGGCUGGCAGAGGAUCAGCUGCGUCCAGCCAUCCAGGUGUCGGCGGUAAGGCAGUUCCUGCUCACUAACCUGGUGGAGGCCGAGGGCCGUUACAUGUGGCGGGUGAACCUGGAGGCCAUUUCCCACCAUAUGGCCAAUAUCGUGGGCUUCCCUGUGUUCCAUGCCCCUUACCCAGGACCCACGCUCUUCCUAGCAGGAUCUGACUCGCCCUAUGUCAGCUCCGAGGACUACCCAGAGAUCGAGCGGCUCUUUCCCGAGGCAGAGAUCCAGUAUAUCCCAGGUGCUGGCCACUGGGUCCAUGCAGAUAAGUCCCAAGACUUCAUCACGGCCAUCUGCAACUUCCUGCUGCUGCCAUAGAGCUCCUUCCUGUGCAGGCCGAGAGAGCGCGAUUCCUGGGACUGCCUACUCCUGGCUCACCCCAUGAAGGACAUGGGGAUUCUCUUGGGGACAGUCAGUGCUGAGGUGUGGCCCCUGUCCACAAGCAGGGCCUCUGGGACGGAAGGCUCAGCACCUGACUCAUGCAUCUGUGUGGCAGGCUAGAGCAGAGAGUGAGGCAGGGCUGCACUGCCAGGGCCAGGAUCUCUCUCCACCCCAUGCAGCUGGAGAUGAUUUGGCCUCAGUGCUCGUUCCAGCGGGCCAGGGCAGAUCUGGAGUUGAGGCUCCCCCCAGGCCAUCAUGCCCUUCCAUGUGCAUCCCCAACGUGUUGGGGCAGUGGCCCAUGGGCUCCCUGGCCCUGUUCUUCCCUCUUACUUGAAUCCUUUCUUUGGGGUCUUAAGGUUGUUCCCAUUCCCAGCCCCCUUCCCCAGCUGCCUCCAAGCACACACAGACCCUUCACUGGGCCGUUUCUUAGGGACUCUGAGCUCUAGGGUGGGGGAUCAGAGUCCAAUCCGUCCAGAUUCCAGCGUGCAACUCCAACCUUGCUGGAGGUUCCCAUCCUCCACCAGAGGCUGGAACCAGAGCGCUGCCUACUCUUGCACUGCCUUCCUGUAUAACUUCCUGGGACUCUGUACAGUAUUUAAAAUAAAGCCAAAUCAGCACGGAGGCAUCUAAACCUACAGGCCUUCUCCCAGAGGCAAGACAAGGGGAGUGGGGCAGCAGUGAAUUGGGCAGCAUGGUCUCCUCUCAGCCUUAGCAGAAUGAGAGUCCAGAGAGUCUCCUUGCCUCACAACGUAAGAACCAGGGGACAUCAGUGAAAUUAAAAGUCAGGAAACUCAGAUCAGAUCAAAGGAAAUGCAGUACUGUUUCAUCCAACACAUACAACUGUGGAACUCACUGCCACUGGACAUCAUUAAGGCCCUGAGUUUAUCAAGACUCAGAUAGAGACUGGGCAUUUAUCUGGAUAACAAGAACUUCCAGACUCCACAAUUAAUGUUAAAAGAAGAGUUUUGGAAGGGAGAUUAAACCCUCCUGCUUCAAGGUUUAACUGAUCAUUAGGGAUCAGGAUAAGAUAUUUACAGGGACAGAUUAUCCCAGAGAUGCUACUCUGGGGUUCCUGGAAGCAUCUGAUGAUGGCCACUGUCCAACACAGGAUACGGGCUAAAUGGACCAGUCUGGCAAUUCCUGUGUCCCUAUUCCUUGUGCUCCUGGAUGCAGUCUUCGACUGGGGUGAGCACAGCCUGGAAUGAGGGGUGUACUGACCUUGCUAUUUUCCAGGCUCCAGAACUAUUGAUUCUUUGGUUCCAAGUUGCUGGAGUAGAACUUGCUCACCGCAGGAGCAGCAAAUGCCUCCUUAGGAUAGAUUAUAGAUUCUAAACCAGAAGGGACAAUUUUAACAUUUAGUCUGACCUGCAUACUGCUGGCCAGAGAACUUCCCUGAAAUAAUUCCUGGUUGAAUACUGCAGAUCUUUUAGAAAAACAUCCAAUAUUGAUUUUAAAUUCCUUUGGUAAAUUGUUCCAAUGGUUAAUUACCCUCACUGUUAGAAAUGUGCAGCUUAUCUCCAGUCUGAAUUUCUCUACCUUCAGCCUCCAGCCAUUGGAUCUUAUACCUUUGUCUGCUAGGUUAUUCGGCCCAGAUCCACAAAGGAUCCCCAAUUCUAUUGAAUUCUUUGUUCUAUGUUGCAAUCCAGAUCGCUCUGUGUCAGUGACUUGUCCUCUUCGUUAUUUAUAGAACUCUGGGUAAAUCUGCAGAUAUCUGCUCUAUAUCCAGAUAUCUGCAUCCGUGAAUCAUUUUUGCAGAUUGAAGAUCAGAUGCAGAUACAAAUUUUGUAUCCGUGCAGGGCUCUAGUUAUUUACCACUCCCCAGUCUUUGUGUUAUCUGUAACGUUUAUCAUGAGGUUUUUAUGUUUUCUUCCAGAUCACUGACAAAAAUGUUAAAUUGCAUAGGGCCAAGAACCGAUUCCUACAGGACCCCACUAGAAACACUUGCUUAAUGAUGAUUCUUCAUGUAGUUACAUUUUAAACCCAGCGGUUAGCCAGCUUUUAAUCCAUUUAAUGUGUGCCACAUCAACUUUAUAUUGUUCUAGUUUAUUAAUCAAAAUGUCUGGUGGUACCACGUCAAACGCCUUAUAGACGUCUAUUGCAUCAACACUUGUCAUCUUGAUCAACCAAAUAUGUAAUCUCAUCAAACUA